CAUUUUAGCAAAGUUCGACAACGAACGACUGUUUAUUCAAUCUAAGGUUGCCGAGUGAAACUGCUUUUCUAAAAUGCACACGAGAGAACGUGUUUUAGAGCAGCACGCAUGCACCAUGAUGUAGCCGGCGUACCGUACCGCUUCUAGUCACUUCCUUGUCCUGCGGAGACUGAGAGGAUAAAGCAGUGACGUCGGUGGACCGGUCUGCACGGUGGCUGUAACGCUGCAGAGGGAAACCUGUCCGCCCGACCCGGACACAAACCAGCCACUUUAUCGUGGGCGGCUCGACGUCUCACGCGAGCUGAAUCUUAAAAAUGUUUCACAGUGGACCGCGACGAUAGGCUGGCGGUUACCAAGCGACGCUUGACCGGGAGAUCAGCCGUUAUCAGCUGCCCCACUGUCUAUGUGUCCGUGUCCGGUGCACCGGUGACCAUGUCCUUGGUAAAGAAUGACGAGGAGCAUCGAUGGGUGCCAACGCACGUGCAGGUAACCGUGCUACGGGCCCGAGGGCUGCGCGCGAAGGGUAAACACGGCACUAGCGAUGUGUACACCAUCAUCCAGCUGGGCAAAGAGAAAUAUUCCACGUGCGUGAUGGAGAAGACUACGGACCCGGAAUGGGGCGAGGAAUGCGCGUUCGAGCUGCUGCCGGGGAUCCUGGAGAAGGGAGGGCGAGACGCGUACCCACCCGGUAGUGGCGACCUGACCCUCACCGUUAUGCACCGUGCUCUCAUAGGACUAGAUGUGUUCCUGGGCCAGGCUGUUAUACCGGUAGAUAAAGCCUUCCAGGAUCGCAAAAGCAUGAAAAACGAGUGGCACCUGCUGCAUUCAAAAUCUGGCAAAAAGGAGAAGGAAAGAGGGCAGCUUCAGUUGACGGUGCAGUUCACUCGGCACAACCUGACGGCCAGCAUGUAUGACCUUUCCAUGAAGGACAAACCCCGCUCGGCUUUCGACAAGCUCAGAGAACGCAUGCGGGCUAAGAAGCGCUCUAGCGAAGAAGAUUCCUCUUCCGCCAUCGUCUCUGGGGGAUACGGGUCAAUGGUAAGUGUGCGGGGGCGGCUACCAAGUGAUGGGGGCGGCGAGGAAGACUAUGAGGACGAUGAAGGCGGGGAGGUCCGCAGGAGUAAGAUGAGAAGUUUUUUCCUGCGUGGGAGGUUGAGGAAGUCUUCAGACACACGCUCAAGCACGUCGCUGGGCUCCGAGAGCAGCGAGUCCUCAUCGCGGGGCGGCAGCCUCAGCCCGACGGCAGGAAUCAGCGUGGUGGUCUCAGAUCUGUCCAACUCUCCGAGUAACAGCAGCAACCUGACUGCAGACAGCAGUCCAGAACACACAGUGGCUCCCUCACCACAGGUUUCUCCUGUCAGACAAAUGAUGUACGACAUCAGCUUACCAGUGCCUCAUUCUGUGACGUCAGAGAACGACACCCCUAUUCUGCUUCCUUCAGUGUGCGUGAAUGGGAAUCCGGUGGAAACGUCUCCUCUUACUCACCACCCUCCGUCACUCAUACUACAGCAACCUCAACGAGAGUCAACCAAACCAGUAACUCAGUCAGGUCAACCACAGGCAACCAAGCUGCCAGUUAAGCCUCAGAAAACCCAAUCAAUUGAACAGAAAUCCCAAGAAACCCGGCUGUCCGAGUCAAAGCCAAGGCCUGAGCCCCAGCUCCCAGCCCUCGGGGUGCUUCAGAAGGGCUCUUCUCUCUCUCUCUCCCUACAGAACAUCUCUCGCCGUAGGGAAGAAAAGCAAAACGGCGGCCCCGUGGAUGGCCGUCGCUGGUCGUUCGAUAAACCCGGAGAGGAAGAAAAAGCUGCCAUCGUAGCAGCAUUAGAGCAUGCUGGAAGAGUUACGGAUGAGGCGGUGAUGGAAACAGUGAUACCUGCUGGAGAGACAGAGACUCAGAGCAAGAAAAGGAGGGGCCUGUUUUCACACGGGAGAGGUGAUUCGGCUGGGAAAGGGCCAAUCAUGAGUAAAGAGGAAGCAGAACAUGCUCAACCACUUGUAGAAGUCAAACACAAAGGAUGGUUCGGCUCCAAGGACUCUUACAGUAAACCCAGCCCCCUGGUGUCUCCUUGGUCACUCUCAAGUCCCAUUGCACCCUUGAACUUUAAUGACCCUUCACAGAGUAUGGCUGACAAACACGCUAAUCCCUUCACUUCUCUCCCACCCUUUUCUGAAGCCAAUCCCUUCCUCCCACAUGCACAGCAGAAUCCUUUUUUUCAGGAGCUUCAUUCUGCUGCUCCUUCAACUCCUGAUGUGCCCUCUCUCUUUAGCUCACAGUCUUCCGGUAAUGCCACCCCAGAUUUGCUAAGGAUUGGAAACAAAAAAGGACCUUCCCAAAUUGAUUUUUCAUUUGAUCCUUUAAUUUCUCACUUCGAGGGACCGACAGAAAAGGAUGAAUUUGAAAAUUUUGCUGAGGAUAGACUUAAGUCUUCAGAUGAGAUGAAUGAAACAAAGAAUUUGGUUACACCCCCUCCUCUCCUUCUGAAAACAAAUAAUCAAGAGCCCUUAGGUGCUUUGGGUGGCUUAAUGGUGUCAGAUACAAAUGAUCUAACUGAUUUAGGGCAAACUGCUUCAGCAAGUACUGUAGAAACACCCAAGGAAAGUGCUGCAGACACAAUUCAAGUUUCAGGAAGUGAUGUUAAUUAUAUUUGCUCUAGUUCUGACAAACCUGACCCAACCGAUCACGGGGCACAUGGCUUCCCAGAAUUUGACAUGAAUUUAUCCAAAAUCUCCUUGCCUGAAAAUUCCAGUUUAGAUUUUUCUGAACUGAAUAUACUUGCAUGCCCUUAUCCUGCACUGUCACCUCGAUCCACGAAUGAAGACCGUUCUGACGCCGCAACUCUUAAAGACCAACCAAAGAUGUCCCUAAACUCACAAAGUGCCAAAUCAGACGCCACAGAGCCAUCAUUAUCAGAAGCAGACACUGUUGACCUUCUUCAUGAUGUCUGCAUUGAGUUCUCAGAGGGGGUGUUUGUGAAUCCUGAAACAUCACAGAGGCCCGAAGCACCUGAGUCUGCUACAGAUAUUGAGUCUGUGAUAGUCCAUGAGGAUCCUUUGCCAUUCAGCUCAGGUGACAACCUGGAACAGUCCACUGUGAAAUCUGAUUCCAUAGGUGGAGUUCUAGACCACCAGUCUAUUGAGCCCUGUCUUUCUCCAAAGAGUGACAUAAUUCCAGGUAAUACAAUACAAUCGGAUGAAGAAUUUUGGAGAUCAGAUGCCUCACUCAUUCAAACUGUGGCAGUAAGUGGAAAGUCCCUUGAAACCACUGAGCUUUCAAGAAGCCAGGUUCAAUUAGCACCGAGUUCCCUUCUGUCAGCUACUUUGCCAGUGAAGAAUGGAGAGAAAACUGAUGCAGUUAUGGACACCAUGAUUCAGAACGAGUCAGGAGAUGGUCUCUUAGAGGGUGGGAAUAGUAAAGAUGUCUGUUCUGAAAUCGAAGAGUCUGUUCCUGAGAACCUAUUUGAUGGUCAUUCCUUUCCAAGGCUGUCUUAUGACAUGCAGGAGGACAAACAGAAGGUCAGUGAAUUGCCCACAAGUCCAUGCAAGAAUGACUUAACGGGCAAUCUACUCGCCAGCAUCAGUGAAGAGCAAGAAAUAACAAAUUCUAAUGGGACCACACAUCCUGUAAGACAUAUCCUUCCCACCACUGGAAUUAGAACAGGGACAGAUCCAAACUUUGUGCUCUCACCUGGCAGUGUGCUCCUCCACAGCAUGUACAAGAGUGCAGAAUCAGACCAGUACAUUACUUGUGUAUCUCAGCAGGAUUCAGUUUCCCAGAGUUUAGAGCUCACACAGGAUGUGAAACCCAAACAUAAUUGGUCUGUAGAGGACACUUUGCCAAACCAUAUCUCUAAUGCUAUGCCAAAAGUUGACACAUCUGUAAAUGUUGUACCAGAAAUGGCUUGUAAGCAAAAUCAGGUCAUUGAAGAAAACAUUAAACCAUUUCAAGAAGUCUUGCCAAAGCCAGAAUCCCCUCAGGAUGUUCAACCAAGAAAUUGCUUAUUGGACCUCCAGCCAGAAACGCAUACCUUUACACCAAAAUUAGCCCCCUCAUGCAAUACAUCAUCUGAGAACAUGAUAAAGUCUGAUUUUGAUAAAGCAAUGGUACAGUGCAACCCUUCAGGGGACAAUGUUGAAAAAUAUGACUUUUCCAAAGAUAUGAUGCCAAUUGUUAUAACAUCAGAUAUGAUAGCAGAACUUGAGGCUCAGCUUGCACCAUUAGAUACAGAAACAUGUCUGGUAAAUAACUGUAAAACCUGCCCAACCAAACAAAACGAUUCCCAAGAACUGCAAAAAGACGAAUCCCAUAAUAUUAAAUCUGUUGGCAUUUUAUCGGAGGGCAACCUACAUUUAGCCCAGCUGAAUGAACCUAACGUGUUUGCAUCUGAUUGUGGAUUAGAACAAACCUCCAGUAUCACACAGGACCUAGUCAUAACUGAUUCUGGACUGGAAAACAUCUUUCUACCCCAGCCAACUGAAACACACCUUCUUUGUACUAGCACAAGGCCAGUCGCAAACCUUGAAUUUGCAGAGAGUCUAGACAGAAAUGCUGAAAUGUGGACAACCCCUGCUGAUCAAGAUUCAGAGGCACCUGUCUUAUUUCCAGUGAGCUGGCCCAAUUUACCCCAGCCAUCAGCACCUUCACUCUGUGAACAGCCAACGCUGGCUUCAAGGCAUGACCACACCCUUAACUUUACAUCUUCUUUGUUCGACCUUUCACCUGUAGCUUCCUCAACACCACAUAUAGCAGUAUUCCCAUUUCCCAUAAUUCCCCCUACCACAGCAGAGUCAUUACCACGUCCAGGACAUGCUCCUCUUCCUACUGUGCAGCCUGUGAAUUCUACAUCAUACAAUCCUUUUAUCCAGGAUAAACCACAGGCAUUUGAUCAUCAGAGCAGUCCACACCCAGUGAAGCCAUUGACACCCCCUGAUGAGAAAAGGUCAGAGGGUCGCUCCGUACUAGAGAAGCUUAAAUCCACCAUCCACUCAGGACGAAGUCACCACUCCGAUCAGGAUGCUGACAAGAAGCCACUAGUGGAGGGAGGAGGCUCAUACUAUCACCUGAACCACGGUGAUCUGGUUAAAUUGCUGAUCCAGCGAGAUACCGAGCUUAGGCAGGAGCGGGAGGACUACGAGAAGCGAAGGGCGCUGCUGGAGAAACGUGAGACGGAGCUAAAAAAGAUGAAGCUUCUGAUCCGAGAUCUAGAGGAUUACAUCGACACGCUGCUCGUACGCAUCAUGGAGCAGACCCCCACCCUGCUGCAGGUCCGCAACAAGAUGAAAUGAUACGACAAACGCCUUCACUACCCUUCCAUAAAUCCCAGGUGGACGUCACAACCUUGCACUGCUACAGCAACCAUAUAAAUGUAGAGAGGUAUCUAGAGCUAGGUGAUGGACAUGGAGGAGAGGGUGUAGAUGUGCUGUUCUUAACUGUGUCUGAACAUACCUGGGCUUCUAUGGGGUCUGUAUAGUACUACAGGUUUGCAUUUAUGGUUGACGGUCGGCACUCUGCUGCUAAACUUCAAAGCUGGUAGGAUCCAUUCACUCACCAGACAUGUCACUAAGAUACAUGAUAGUCCAGCUAAGCACCAAAACCACCUAUCAGUCGAAAGGAAGGCAAGACUGUAACAUGCCAGUCUUCUAGUGCUAGUGUGAAUGGUUUUUACUGCACGAAGAAAAGCAUUGCUUUUUUUUUCUAUCACGUUUUGACAUGCAACGCUCCGCUGCUUAAACAAGAGAACAAGUUUGAAAACUCGAGGUGGCUUGAGAGGGAGCGUGAGACGAAUCAGACAGUUUUGAAUCUGCUUGUGCCUCCCUACAUGUCCCUGCACUUUACUUAAGAGCUUAAGGGCAGAGGCUCACACCAACUGACCUUCUAGCUUUGUUUUGUUGGUCGGUAUCCUUCCUCUUCCUUCCUUUGCUUGAGCCAAUGCACGUACAUCGCUGCCAGUGCUUUCAGGUGUAAUGAAUUGGAUACUGUAUUCAUUGCAUAAAUGCCACUCGGACAAAAUGCCAAAUGCUGCCUUAUCAUACAGUAUUUUCUCCAUUCUGUUGUCGCUAAACGUAUCACUUUUAAUUAAAUUGCACA